AGACAAAUUACGAAGUAUACGUGGCCGUUGAACAAAAAAAGAAAAUAAAAAAAGUGGAAAACUUCACCGAUUCUCGUGAUCUUCAACCUCGAACCGAAUCCAGAGAGCGAAGAUCCAAACCAUCGUUCAUUUCUUGAUUGAAAUCGUAACACCGUUUCCGGUCACAGCCUCGAUCGGAUUCAGCUUUUCUUCCUCGUCAAUUUCCAAUAUUGAAAGGUUUUAAUCGUUGAUUCUGGUCUGGGUAUAUAGUCAGCUUAUGAAGUUUUAGUUCAAGUUUUCAAAUAUAUAGAGCCAUGAGUUUUGUUUUUCGAGGAGCAAGAGGUGAUAUAGAAAAUGGGUUUCCAGGAUUUAUGCCCGAGAGGCGUGCAUUGCGUGUUCAUGCAGCACGUCCUAGUAAUUCCAACUCACUCACUUUUCUCGUAACAGUUCUCCUGUUAUUCAUGAUACUGAACUCCCACCAGAUGUCACCAAAUUUUCUGCUCUGGCUAGUGCUUGGUGUUUUUUUGAUGGCUACAAUGCUAAGGAUGUAUGCGACAUGUCAACAGCUUCAAGCCCAGGCCCAAGCUCAUGCAGCAGCAGCCAGUGGCCUUCUUGGCCACACAGAACUACGGUUGCAUAUGCCUCCAUCGAUAGCACUUGCAAGCCGAGGGCGUCUGCAGGGUCUCAGACUUCAGCUGGCACUUCUUGAUCGGGAGUUUGAUGAUCUAGAUUAUGAAACUUUAAGAGCUCUGGAUUCGGAUAAUGUUUCUACUGCACCUUCUAUGACUGAAGAAGAGAUAAAUGCUCUUCCAGUUCACAAAUACAAGGUUUCUGUUCCCCAAAAAAGUAAUUCCUUAGUGCCACAAGCAUCGCCAUCCACUUCCGCUGAGCAGAAAACGCAGGAUAAUUCAAAUGCGGCUGGAAACUCAAAAGCCUCAGAUGAUGAUCUCACCUGCAGUGUAUGCUUGGAGCAGGUUAAUGUUGGAGAUGUACUUCGUAGCUUGCCCUGCCUGCAUCAGUUUCAUGCUAAUUGCAUUGAUCCUUGGUUGCGGCAACAAGGGACGUGCCCUGUUUGCAAAUUUCGAGCAGGAUCUGGGUGGAAUGACGGUGGACAUAAUGAUAUCGCAGACAUGGUUUGAAUACCUGGUCUAGUUUUGAAUUUUGAAUUUGUUCAUAAUGUAUUGUAACUGUAACUGGUCAUAUAUAAAAAGUUUGUAGAACUUGUAUUCUUGUAAAUACCUUAAUGUAGGGAUGUGAGGAAUGGUAGAAUACCGUGUAACAACCAUAGAAGUAAUAUACAAUUUGUUUCCUAUA